UAAUAAUUGAAUUUAAAAUAAAUUGAAUGAAAGAAGACACUGAGCCUAUCAAUCUCAGCAAUGAGGCAACCCUCAAGGCAUUUAAGAGCGAGGCAAAGCAGCCCAGGAAGUUUCCCAGAAAUACAGACCGAAUUAAGGUCUGCCUUAGAAUCAGACCAAGGCUCCAAGAUGAGCUGUGUCUUGAACAAGCAGAUUAUGAAAUUCAGGAGAAGACAAGACAGCAUGAAAAGGGAGAUGAUUCAACUGUAAAUGUACUUAGGCUUAUUGGAGGAGCGAAAGGAAUUGCCAAAGGAACUUAUGACAAAAUUUUUGAUAAUAUGAAUACUCAAGAAGAAGUUUAUGAAGUUGUCCAGCCAGCCAUUCAAAAAAUUGUUCAAGGGUAUAAUUGAUCAAUUUUCGCUUAUGGACAGACUGGUUCUGGGAAGACCUACACAAUGUUUGGGCCUAACUUCUCAGGUAACUUUGAUGCCAGACCUGAAGAAGGGAUUAUCCCAAGAGCUAUAUCACAAGUGUUUCAACAAGUUGAUGAAAUUUUUAAGACAACUGCUAAAGAAUUUACUGUUUACUGUAGUUUUUUACAAAUUUACAACGAGAAAUUGUACGAUUUGCUUCAGGACGAAAAGUUUGAAAAUCCUUUGAAUAUUAGAGAGGAUACAUAUCAAGGAGUCUUUGUAGAGGGCUGAAGUGAGUAUGUCAUCACUAACCCAAAUGACUGCUUAUAUUUACUCGAAAGAGGAGAGUUCAAUAGAAUUACGAGACAAACAAAGUCUAAUUUAGCCUCUUCAAGGUCCCAUUCUUUAUUCCAGUUAUGAGUGGAGAGCAUGAGUCCUUCUUCUAAUGGCAAAAUGAUCAGAGCAAAGCUCAAUCUUUGAGAUCUUGCAGGUAGUGAGAAAAUAUACGCAGAGGAAAGAUUAGGGGAGAAUCAUAUGAAAGAACAUAAAAACAUUAACUUAUCUCUUUCAACUCUUGGAAAGGUUGUUGGUGCUUUGGCCAAAAACAAAACUCUGAAACAUAUCCCAUUCCGAGAGAGUAAGCUAACUCGACUUCUGAAGGAUAGCUUAGGAGGAAAGACAAGCACAAUCCUUAUUGGAACAGUCUCUCCAUUAGCAAUUCAUACUGAUGAAUCAAUCUCCACAAUGAAGUUUGCUGAUCGAGCAAUGAAGAUCCAAGUCAAAGCUACAGCGAAUGAGAUAAAUCCUGAGGAUGAUAAAUUAGUCAAGAAAUUGAGGAGAGAAGUCAUCCAUCUCAAGGAGAUAUUACAAAUGAGAAACAACAAAACUCAAAAAGACAUCAAUAUGGAACUUCUUAGUUUGAAGGAAGAGAAUUGUAAGCUCAGAGAGAUGAACACAGCCACCGAUGAAAUGGAAAAACUUAGGAAAGAAAAUAAACAACUCAGAUUGGCUAUCCAAGAAAAUCAGCAUUUAAUGCUUGAGGCACAGAAGCCUCUUGAACGUACGUUUGACCAGGUUGUUGUUGAAGAAGAAGUUGAGGAGGAUUGAGAAGGGAAAGAAAUUUCAGAUAAAGAAAAUACCGGCUUGGCCACAAAUAAAAGCACUAGCUUUUUCUUAACAGAAGCAAAUGAAAGGAAGCAAGAAAAGAUUUUACAAGAAGUAAAGCAACCUCUUCCUAACAUUAUGAAUAUUCUAAAUGAUAGCAAGGCUAGAGAGAAGAUAUUAUCAACAGAUAAAAAAAGCUCUGUUGAGAAUCCAUCAAAGACCAUGUCUAAAAUUCCUACAAAUAGAGUAUGGGAAGGUCAGAAAAUAUCUCAAAAAUUAUCAGGUAUUGCUCAGACUUCUUUGCAAAGGAACUUGAAUAAUAUCUCAAAUGCUACUUUGACAGGAAUGCCAAAAUAUUCAUUUGGUCCCAAUGAGAUAUAUAAUGCUACUGAAGAGCUUAAGCAGGACUUGGUAGUUCAGAACAGAUGAAAUAUCUGCACUUUAAAGCCACCUUGUAAACAUUAUUUAACCUGCGAUGAGAUUCCAAAGAUAAGCAAAGGUCAUAGGAAGGAGAAUUCAAUUUCAAAUACUUUGAACAAAAUGUUACCUCCAUUACCAAGGAUUCAAAGCACAUGGAUUCCAAAACGAGCAAGUUUGCCUGAUUCAAACAUUGAGAUACUUCCAAACUACACUGAAAAAGACUGCUCUUUCUCAAGUAACUUGUUUGGGACAAAUCAGGUGUCUAUUUUCAAAGAUAACACAACCGAGAAUCGUCUUGCAAGAGAUGCAAGGACUACUGGAGGGAAGCGCGCCCCUCCUAGUGAUAACACCUCCUGCACCAUCAGGAUACGAUCAAAGAACGCCAUAGAGACUUAUCAAGGCAAUGUUGCUCGCACUAUCUCAGAACAUAGGGCUACCAGAACCAAAAAGUCAAAACUAAAAGAGGCUAAAAAGAGAUUAAUCACACUUGAAAAGAUCGAAAAAUACAGAAAAGAAAAGAUGCAAGAAGAAAUCAAGAAGCUUGAGAUCCAACAAAGAAUCAAUGAGAAGUAUAAAUAGAGCUGAACGAAGGAAACAACUUGAAGCUCAACGUCGUAGGAAUCAAAUCCGUAGGCAACUGGCUAUGCACCACCAGAUGAAAAUGGAAGACUCCCAAAAGAUUGAAAAGAAGAAACAACAGGAAGAAAAGAAACAGCAGAAGAAGGAAAGAAUGAAAAGGCAGUAUUAUAACGACCAAAAGGCUAAAUUAAUGACAUAUAAGAAGCAAAUGGAGGAACAUAUCACUAAAAUGUCCCUUGGGGAUGAGUAUGGGCAACCAAUGUGCCAGAAUACAGAUCUUAUCAUUGCUCGGGACGAUCUUACAUCUCUUCAUGAUAGUAUGAAAUUCACAGAAACUCCUGAUACGAACCAAUACAGCGUCUCAGUUCUAGACCAGACAAGCAGUGGGAAUCAAAGGAUGAACAGGAAACCAGCAGUUUCAUAAUCAAAUGCUCAAUAUCUAAGCUUAA